AGAAGGGGGGGCCACCCCUAAUGCCCUGCAGGAUGGUGCGGAGUCAGGCACCUCAGACUCGGCCUCCUCGUCCUGCUCGGACCUCUCUGUGGCGGUGACGGCAGCAACCAGCGGCACCAGCGAUGCCAACGACGCCAGUGCUGCCCAUGCCAGCCGGGGAUUCACCGGCCUGCGCCUGUUCGGAAGGAGAUUGUUGUGAGGUGUUGCCACAGUGUGCCGCGAGCCAGUCGUGUCCCACCAGCAUGGACACCUUUUUCAGACGCCAUUUUAAGAGGAAGCCGGGUGGUGAACCCGAGGAGGAGGAGUUUAACAGGCUCAGACGGCCCAGCGUCGCCGUGGCGACCAGCCGUGCCCGCCGGCGGUCCAGCGUGGGCCUGCCCUCGUCCGCCCUCACACAGAGACGUCGUUCUAGCGUUCAGCUGCAGGGGGCCCUCAUCACCUCCAGGGGGCACUGUCCCGCGCCCACGCGUACCAUCAGGGCAGGCAGCGGCCGCCGGCGCUCCAGCACCACCACCCCUAGUGCCAACCCCCGCUUCGCUGUGCGCCGCAGGCUAGCCGGCCGCAUGCGCACCAUCCACACACACCUGCUGGGGCCAUCCAUGCUGCUGGCCAGCGUCAUCCAGAUGAGCGAGGAGGAUGAGGGUGCGCAGCCACCCGUGGCCGAGCAGCAGGUGGAGCUGAAGGCCGGAUGCAGUCCACAGGGCGGCAGCGACAGUGACCUCACAGGUUCCACCAGCCAAUCAGAGGACAGCGCCGGCUCGGACGUGGAGGUGUCGGACCGGGAGUUUGAGGACACAUCGGUGUGGAGACGGAGGGAGAGCCAGCCACUGGCCACACUAAUGGAGUGUGUGUCCACCCGACCGCUAAUUCGCGCCCCACGCUGCCUGCGACGCAACUCUUCGCUUAUUGUGACCGCAAGUGGUGUCAGUAAUGGACAUGGUUACCGUGGCAGCCAGCACAGACAGCGCCGUGUCUCUACCAUCUCUAAGGCAGGAAGCCCGUGGCCUGGGAGGGGCCUGCCGUUGCCGAGUCGUCGCAACUCAGCAUGCCGGCGGAUCUCUGGGUGCCAUGGCAACAUUAGCCCCCUGCUGGGCGCUUAUUACGACCCGAGUCUGGAGUCCUGGAGGGGGUUUCUCUCGAAAGCCAUCGGCAAGUCUGUCCAGCCAUCAGCCCAGUCCAGCGCCACUCUGCCAGCCAAGGGCAACAGCCCUCAGGAGAUCUGCAGCACCGUCGACUGGACCGAAAGUGCCACCUACGGCCAGCAUGUCUGGUUUGAGAGCAGCGUUACGGGGGACUUCUGCUACGUGGGAGAGCAGUACUGCUUCGCCAAGUCCUUGCAAAAAUCCAUGACUCGCUACAAAUGUGCUGCCUGCAAAAUCGCUGUUCAUACCGACUGCAUGGAGCAGCUAGAGAAGAUCAACUUCAGGUGUAAACCAUCUUUCAGGGAUCCAGCAACUAGAAAUAUCCGAGAGCCAAGUGUGGUGCGUCAUCACUGGGUGCACCGGAGGCGUCAAGAUGGAAAAUGUAGGCAGUGUGGCCGGGGUUUUCAACAGAAGUUUGCGUUUCACAGUAAAGACAUUGUUGCCAUCAGUUGCUCUUGGUGCAAACAGGCAUACCAUAACAAAGUCAGCUGUUUCAUGCUGCAGCAGAUUGAGGAGCCAUGCUCCUUGGGGGCUCACGCCUCUGUGAUUGUGCCCCCGACCUGGAUCAUCCGUGUCCGCAAGGCUUCCAUAAAGUCCAGCAAGAAGAAGAAGAGGUCAGUGAAACCCAAGGCUGUUAAGAAGGGAGUUGAGGAAGGGAAAUGGAAACACUUCUUCAUCAAGCCCAUCCCCUCCCAACAUAUGAAGCCUCUGCUUGUGUUCAUCAACCCAAAGAGUGGAGGAAAUCAGGGAACCAAAAUCAUUCGAUCUUUCAUGUGGUACUUGAACCCUCGUCAAGUGUUUGACCUCAGUCUGGGGGGACCAAAGGAUGGGUUGGAGAUAUACCGCAAAGUGCCCAACUUGCGAAUUCUGGCUUGUGGAGGAGAUGGAACUGUGGGAUGGAUCCUGUCGGUUCUGGACCAGCUGCAGAUCAGCCCUCCUGUAGCUGUCCUGCCCCUCGGAACCGGCAACGAUCUGGCAAGAACUCUCAACUGGGGAGGGGGUUACACGGAUGAGCCGGUGUCAAAGAUCCUGUCCCAUGUGGAGGACGGUAACAUCGUCCAGCUGGAUCGCUGGAACCUGGAGGUGGAGCCGAACCCGGAUAUCAGUAAGGAAGAGAAGGACGAGCACCAGACAGACAAGCUCCCUAUUGACGUCUUCAACAACUACUUCAGCCUGGGCUUUGAUGCUCACGUCACCUUGGAGUUCCAUGAGUCCCGAGAGGCCAACCCGGAGAAAUUUAACAGCCGUUUUCGGAACAAGAUGUUCUAUGCAGGAACUGCCUUCUCAGACUUCCUGAUGCGCAGCUCUAAAGAUCUCGCAAAGUACAUCAGUGUGGUGUGUGAUGGUACAGAUCUCACCAGUAAAGUCCAGGACCUCAAACUUCAAUGUCUCUUGUUCCUCAACAUUCCCAGGUACUGUGCGGGCACCAUGCCUUGGGGACACCCUGGUGAGCACCACGACUUUGAGCCGCAGCGCCACGACGAUGGCUUCAUUGAAGUCAUCGGCUUCACCAUGACCUCUCUGGCGACACUGCAGGUCGGAGGCCACGGCGAGAGGCUGUGCCAGUGCCGUGACGCUGUGCUCACCACGUCCAAGCCCAUCCCCAUGCAGGUGGACGGGGAGCCCUGCAAGCUGCAACCCUCCGUCAUCCACAUCAGCCUGAGGAACCAGGCCAACAUGGUACAGAAGACCAAGAGGAGGAUCUCGCUUCCCCAGCUCAAUGAUCAGCAGCCUAUUCCUGAGACACUUCAGAUCCAAGUGAGCCGCAUCAGUAUGCACGACUACGAGGCUCUGCACUACGACAAAGACAAGCUGAAGGAGGCCUCCAUUCCUCUGGGGAUCAUUACUGUCCCGGGAGACAGUGAUCUGGAGGUGUGUCGCUCUCACAUCGAGAGUCUCCAGGAGGGGGUCGACAGCAUGAGGUCAGAUGCCGUGGUUUCCCAGAAGCUGUCUCCAAAAUGGUGCUUCCUGGACUCUACAACGGCUGACAGAUUCUACCGGAUAGAUCGUGCCCAGGAACAUCUGAACUACAUCACCGAGAUAUCGCAGGAUGAGCUCUUCAUCCUUGACCCAGAGCUGGUCACCAAGGAGACCGUAGGCACCUCCCCCGGCAUGCCUAAUUUGGUGGACUCCUGUGGGGAGAGUUCCAGCCGGGCAGAUCAGUUCUCCUUUCCCCCCUCUUCUGCUUCGUCCUGCUCCGGCUCCUCACUGGGCCAAAGAUCUUUGGCCCCUGCGGCGCUCAGUCAGCGAAAGCGCACGUCCAGCGAGAGCUCUGCGUCUGAGGUUCUGACCCACAGCAUCUCCUCAGGCUCCAAGGUCGGCCUGUGCAGGUGGGUCUCCCCUCACGCCACACCCGGUGUGUGUCCGGGUCCCCUCAAACCUGGUCCUCAGCUGGCUGGUGUGUGUUGGAGGGGAGCUAAGAUAGUCAAUGUCCAUCGAUCUAACACCACAGAGGUUAAUUUCAGGCCUAUGGAAAGUGCUGACGGUGACAGCACUGAAAAAGAAGUGCUGAAGUUGCUCAUUCAAUGUAUCAGAGAGAAUGACAUUGAAAAGCUCAAGGAGCUUCACACACACGGUGCAGACCUGGGGGAGCAGGACACCUGUGGCCGCACCCUCCUGCACCACGCCGUAACCACCGGCAAUAAGGACAUUGUCAAGUUCAUCACAGACAAUGCCCCCACAAGCAUUCUGGACGUCACGGAGAAGGACACGGGUCAGACGGCUCUCCACCGAGCUGCAGCUCUGGCCCACAGGACCAUCUGCCACUACCUGCUGGAGGCUGGAGCCUCACUCACCAAAACCGACUUACAGGGUGAGACCCCCAGAGACAAGACUGGGGACCAGGAGCUGGCGGAUUACCUAGAGCAGCUGGAGCACCAGCACAUACUGCAGAAGGAGGACCAGGAGACGGCCGUGUGAACCUCCUCCUGCUGCCGCGUCUCCCCACAGGAACUUCCCCAUGCGACGGAGACGCAUCCCCAGGCCGGAGGCCUUCUUUGGAAGAGUCCCUCCUGGUCCUGCUGGGCUUCAUGAGUCCGACUCCGGCCUGGUGGUAGAGACUAGUCCAGUCGGAGACCACUGAGGUCAUCCCAGAGUUCAAUCUGUAGUUACACUCUUUCGUUGGCGUUGGGGACAUCUCAACUUUUUCUUUCUGUCAUAGUUUUCUCAGCUUGAUGCUUGUGAUUGAUGUGUGGUACCGUGGUUCCAGAGGGUUCUAGAGGCAUCCCAUUGGAACUUUCACUGAGAGCUUCCUGCUGCUUCCACGGCAACGCCAGUGUGCUCUGACUGAAAACUGCUUUGUUUCUGCUGCACAUCCUGCUUUUUAUCUCAUGGUCUCUAUUUUAGCAUAUUAUUCUCUGAAUAUUUUAUAUAGAUGUUUACUUCAAAAGGCUUUUCAAAUAGUCACAUUUAUGCCAGAUGUUUCAGAAAAUGUCACGUUAGAAAUAAAACAUUUGUUUCGAAAAUAUCAGUAUGGGUUAUAAAUGUGUAUUGCUCUGGUAAAUACAACUUUAGUAAAAUAUAAGUCAAAAACAGGUCUUCCCUCAGUGAUAUUUCUCUCAGAGGAGUGACCAUAUCAUUCUUGAAUCUUCACUUUAUUUGCUGUUAGUAACUAAGGCCAUCAGUAUUAUGCUAGUGAGAGAGAGAGAGAGAGAGAGAGAGAGAGAGAGAGAGAGAGAGAGAGAGAGAGAGAGUAGGAGCUGAGGUGCACCUGGCAGUCUGAUGUACUCCUAACCGGGGCAGCCUCUCGCCAAUGCUUGUGUGCGACACAUUAUGUGCCAAACUGGACUGCGUGCUUCUUAGUGGAGUCCACCUGCAUGGGGCUGUGAGUGGGAUGGCCUCCAGUGAAGCUUCAUGGCUGCAGGCAGGAGAGGGUAGCGCUGGCAGGAGAGGGUAGUGCUGGCAGGAGAGGGUAGGAGAGGGUAGCGUGGGCAGGAGAGGGUAGCAUGGGCAGGAGAGGGUAGCGUGGGCAGGAGAGGGUAGCGUGGGGGCAGGAGAGAGGGUAGCGUGGGCAGGAGAG